AAGACUUAGGUCCCUUCCCUGCAAAGCGUAAAUCUCUUCACUGCUGGCCGGAGUGCAGCGGAAAUGGGCCGACACCGGGACGGUUCUGUCUCCGAGAGAGACGAGCUGGAAGAAGACCGUAAAUCCAGAAGCAGAGCUCGGGGAAAUGACGACGCAGAUUCUCCGGAUGCCGGUGACCGGAAGAGCGAUGGCAAACACAGAAGGAAAAGGUUAGCAGAGGACUCUUCUGAUUCGGAUUCCGGAGAGGAGGACCGGAAGCGCAGCCGGAAACACAAGCGGAAGCGAGAGUCGCGAAAGCCACGCAGCGACGAUUCGGAUUCGGAGUAUUCCGAUAGCGAAGAGUCCGAGUCAUCCGAGUCGGGCACGGAAGCGAGUGAAAGCGAGGAGGAAAGGAAGAGGAGGAAGCGGAGGGAGAAGAGGAAGAGGAAGGAGAGGGAAGAAGAGAAGGAAAGGAAGCGGAGAAGGAAGGAGAAAGAGAAGAAGAAAAGGAAAGAGAAGGAGAAGCGGAAGAAAGAGAGGAAGAAGGAGAAAUCAGAGAUUGGGAAGAGAGGUGCUGUUACUGAUUUGUGGGGGAAGUAUGGGAUCAUCAGAGAAACCGAUAUGUGGAACAAACGUCCUGAAUUCAGUGCUUGGUUAUCUGAAGUGAAGCAGGUGAACCUUGAAACUCUGCCGAACUGGGAAGAAAAGCAGAUGUUCAAGCAAUUUAUGGAGGACCAUAAUACUGCUACCUUUCCUUCCAAGAAGUAUUAUAAUCUCGAUGCCUAUUACAAGCGUCAAAUGUUGAAGGAAUUGAAGAGUGGUAAAAAGGUCCAGGAAACUGAACGUACCAUAUUCAAUGAUGAAGAACUAAAACGGCAAGAGCAGAUGCGCGAGCGAGAAAAACAGAAGGAGAAAGAGGUGGAAGCAUUAAAGCGAUCCAUGCAAAGCGGAAUGGCACAAGCAAUGAAAGAGCAAGCACUGCUCCGGGAAGAGAUGGCAUAUCUGUACAAGAUUGGCAACAACGAGGCUGCUGCAGCAAUUCAGCGGAAGCUGGAGCCAGAUCCCAUUUAAGGUAUUUAGCAUUCCGUUUUUGCCACAGGGGAUGGGGGCUGGAGUUUUAGAACUAGUUAAGCGGAUGUAGAGCUUCAUCUUAUACCGGGAUGGAUAAUAGGAUGAAUUGAGACAACCCUACCUGCUUCAGUUCUAAUCCUGUAUCAGAACUAGGUUGAUGCUGUUCGAAGCUCUUAUGCUCAUAUUCUACUCUUUACACAUUUUGGUUUUGAUCACCGUCUGAGUUAAAUCGUCAGUAAUCUUGUAUCAGAACUGUAGUCUAAGCAACUGGAAAACAGAUUGGAUUCAGAGAUUGCAGUCGUUAUGCACCUUCUUCCCCUGAAUCUGAAACUUGCCAACCAAGG